UUCAUAUUAGCUACAAACCCCCGCUGUCGUUUUGUCUCCUCCGUCAUGAUGACAUCAGUGGAAGACGUCUCUUCGUCCCUUGUUCGGGAGUAUCUUAGUCGGAAGGGACUCAAAAGGACGAUGGCGUGCCUGGAUGAGGAGCACCCCCGCACGGAGGCGAGCAUCAACAACAGGUCAGACUUAAGACAAAUCCUCCACAUGGAGGGUCUCUAUAAGAAGAAUAAGGUUCAGAAAAACCCACUGAGGACACUGCUGGAGAUGAUGGUGAAGCAUUACAUUGAUUUGCAUAAAGAAGAAAAGAUAGCUCUCCAAGCUACAGUGGCUGUCAACAGGACAAACGCCUGCCGUUCACCUGCGGACACUAGGGGGGUGAUGGAGGAGGUUGUGACGGAAGAGAGCGCAAAGGAUUUUGUCAACAGGAAACCAACUAAAUCUGGAUCAUCCACUGAAGAUGCCGACUCUCCUCACUGCAUAUUAUCAUUACCUGAGACAGACAGACUUUCAACACGUCAUCAGAUAGGUGUCUGGAGUGAGGAUUCAGAGGGGCAAAGGGGGCAGCAACCAGUGGCUAACAUCCAAGAAAAUGAGAGAUUCAUCAGGAGAGAUGCAGAAAAUACAGCCGUCUCAGAGAGCAGCUAUAGAAACAGAGCAAACCGCAUCAGACGUGGCAUGAUGGCUGGACCAAUUGCAAGCUCAUCUCAGGAGUCAAACAAAAAAAGGCAGACUCGAAAACUGGGGCCACCUCAGCUUAUGCUGGUGAAUGAGGAAGAUAAUAGGCAUUCUACAAAUGGGCCUUCAGUGACUGACUCACGUCAGAAAACUACAGAGAGUGGUUUAACUGAAACUAACAUGGUUGGGUUUGUUAGAGAGAAACAAAAGUCGUGGAGCACACCUACAGAGAAGUGGGAGAGUGAAAGUAGUUUUGAAAAACUGGCAAAAGACAAAUCGAAGACAAGACAAGCAAAGCCAUCAACCAUUCAUCAAAGUGUGGAUGAUCUACAUGAGUCAGCGAUGAUUUUGGAUGACAUUGAUUACAAUGAAGAGUUAGAAGAACUCUCCAAAGUGUGCCUCCACGCCAGCUUCCCCCGACCCAGCUGCACAAGCCACCCUAUGGACCAAUACACUGCUGUUGCCCUGAAAGAUGUCCUCCUUGGCUCCAGUUCAAGUUGUUUCAGUGGCGAGUGGAGGAGCCAAGGUUUUACAUUCUCUGAAGUCCCCCAUCUGAGAUAUGGAAUCAUACAAAACAAGGGCGGUCCAUGUGGAGUUCUGGCCUCUGUCCAAGCAUGCGUUUUAAAGAUUCUCCUGUUUGAAGACGUCAAGAGCAGCAGUACAGACCUUCAGAGGUUAAGACCUUCCAAUGCUACCAGGCGUCAGAGUCUGGUUUCAGCCGUGGCGGAGAUCUUAUGGAGGGCAGGAGGAGAGACACAAGCCACUGUUGCUGUAAAUUCAGGGAGCAAUCAUUUCACUCCAAGAGGACGAUACAGAUCUGAAGGAUUUCUUGAGAAGAUAACAUGUUUGACUGUGAAUAACCUUGAGGACCUGCAGUCCCUUCUGCAGCAGCACAUCCAGCAGUUUGAAUCUGGAGCCUUGGGAUGCAUACUGCUGACUAUCUCUGCUGUUCUCUCUCGAUCCAUAGAAAGAAUAAGAGAGGAUAUGGAUGUCCCUACCAACACACUCAUAGGAGCCCAUGGCUACUGCACACAGGAGCUGGUCAAUCUGUUGCUGUGCGGGCAAGCGGUCUCCAAUGUCUUUGACGACGAUAUGGAGUUGGACUCUGGCAAUGGCAACCUGACCCUGCUAAAGGGCAUCAAAGGUCACUGUGACAUCGGCUUACUCUCCUUAUUUGAACACUACAACAUCUGUAAGGUUGGAACCAACCUGAAGACUCCUCGGUUUCCUAUCUGGGUGGUGUGCAGUGAAAGUCACUUCAGUGUGCUGUUCAGCCUGCAGAGGGAGCUCUUGACCAAUCAGCACAGAACCCAGGAGUUUGACCUUUACUACUAUGACGGACUGGCCAAUCAGCAGGAGGAGAUCCGCCUCACCGUCUAUUUCGGCAUGUCGGCCCCUGUUUCUCAAGAGUUUGACCCUGAUCUCAUUCCCCCUUUGGAACACUGCAUCCACACAAAAUGGAAAGAUGCAGUUAUCAGUUGGAACGACACAGAGCCCAUUCUCUGACAGGCCAGACAGUUUGAUGCUACCAUCUUCUAAGAAUUGAUAAAAAUUUACCAGAAACUGUUGGUUCAGUGAUGGGGGCAAAACAGCACAGCACAGCAUCACGGCUGCCGAUUCGUUUGAAUGGAUCCUGGGGAUUUGAAAUAGUUAAACACCAAUGGGGUUACC